UCUGGCUUACCUGUGGUCACCUGUGGUCUGUCUGAGGAAGUUUAAUUAUGCUUAUUGCCUUAGCUGCGGUGCAGAUCUGAUUCUCCUCCCGCCCCUCGACCAGAAGGAGAGAGAGAGAGAAGAAUAUAAACUUAAAAAAAAUAAAUAAAAACAAAAGCGAGAGAGAAAGAGAAAGAGAGAGAGCUUUUUGUUGACGAUAACGGUGGCUUCAACCACGGAGGGAAUCAAGUCCCUGAUAGCGGAACUCGCUAUGCCGUCCAGUCGCGGCCAACCGGGGACGCUACCGAGGUCCGAAUCAGAGAUCGUGGUCGACUUCUCGUGUCCGAGGGCGUCCUCCUCCGACGAUGAAAUAAGCCACGACUCCCUGACGCAGGUCGAUUACUGUCGGACGGAAGAUUCCCCCAGGAAUUUCUCUAGGGAUUCUCUCUACCUGGAGGAUUCCGACAGCGACCGCCGCCGCAGGUUGAGCGCCUCCUCUUCCCAGGGAACCAAGAGCUUCUUCGACGUCCAGAUGGACGGAGGACGUGACUCGGGAGGCGAGUGGAGGCUCAGCAGGAGCGAGGCGAACGUAUCCAGAGGCUCCGUCAAGAUCGUUUCGAGUGAAAAGAAAUUAUCGGCCGAGUCCGAGGAGGGAUUUGCUAAGCCCCCGACUCCUACCGGCUCGUCGACCACCUACUCCUUCAGGAGUACCAUCGAUCUCCUGCCGUCUUCCAGGAAACGUCGUGGUCUCAGGCAACAGAUAAUAGUCACAGCGGCCUGCUGCCUGGGGCCCCUGACCUGCGGCUUCGCCCUGGCCUUCAACAUUACCAAGAACCCGGCAGAGCUUAUGAAGCCACAGCUGGGGGCGUGGAGAACUUACGUGUACUUGCUGGGAUGCCUGGGAGGAGGAUUCUUCAGCGGAUUCUUGGCCAACUACGGAAGGAAGGUCGUCCUCCUCGUGGCCAUGGUGCCGAUGGCUCUCUCUUGGCUCUUCGUCAUCUUUGCUACUCAGGUGUGGAUGGUGUUCUUAUUCCACGCGACUUCGGGAGUCUGUACUGGAAUCGUCAUGGUGAUCUCGCAGAUAUACGUGGCUGAAAUAUCAGUGCCAAGGAUCCGCGGUGCCAUCUCGUCGGCACCUCUCCUGGCAUUCCAGGUUGGCUGUCUUUUAUGUUUCUUGCUGGGAGAGAUUCUGGUCUGGAAGAACCUGGCCAUCAUCGGGGCAUGCGUUUCGAUGCCAUUCUUCGUCUGCGUUGUGCUCUGCAUGCCCGAAUCCCCGCGAUUCCUGAUUCACCUCCGUCCCAACGACGCCCUAGCCACCCUCCAGUGGCUGCGCGGCGUGAGCAACGACGUCAUGGAGGAGUACCACGACAUCACCGACAGCUGCGACAUCGACCGCUGGGGAGUCGCCUGCGAGGACUUGAUCCGACCGACCUUCUGGCGGCCGCUGAUGAUCUCCUGCGUGCUCAUGUUCCUCUACAACAUGACCGGUUUGUCGAGCUUCACGCUCUACUGCAUGGAGCUGUUCGCCGAAGUCUCCAGCUCCUACAUCAACAUAGCCCAUUUCAUCUCCACUUCGGUGCUCAUCGUUGCCAUCACGAUCUCGUCAUUGCUGGUGGACCACAUAGGGAGGAAGCUGCUCCUCCUGCUGUCUCUCACCAUUAUGGCGGCGUCCGCCUUCGUUCUCGGGCUCUUCCUUUUCCUGAAGGACCUCCACAAAGUGGAUAACUACUUCCUCUACCAGUGGGUGGCCGAGGUCUUCUGCGUGAUCCUGUUCACCUUCGCCCACGGGACGGGCGUGGGUCCCAUCGCCUGGGUCACCCUGGGCGAGAUCUUCAGCUCGAAGUACAAGUGGCUGGGGGUGUCCGCCGCUUCUUGCGUCAUGUGGUCCUCCAUGCUGGUCGUCGACGUCAUCUUCCACAAGAUUCGGAUCGCCGUUGCCACGGGAGGCAUCUUCUGGUUCCACUGCGUCGUUUGCGUCGGCGGGUACAUCUUCGUGCUGAUCUGCUUCAGGGAACUCAAGGAGCAGAGCAUCGACACGAUUACCAAGUCGUUCGUCAAGAAGCACGACAGCCUCAUUGAAACUUUCAUAACCAGAAUUUGAAAUCUGCGCACCCUAACUGAAAUCCUUAAGUCUGCGCACCCCAGUUUAAACCUUUAUAGCCAGAAUUUGAAAUCUGCGCACCUUAUUGGAGCCUUAAUAGUCAAAAUUUGCUUGGAAAUCAGCACACCCAAUUCAAACUUUUAUUGCCAGAAUAUGAAUUGCUUUGAAAUCUGCAACCCCCUAAUUUGACUAAAACUAAAUACCCAGAACUUGAAAUCUGUGCGCCCAUGUUGAAACAGCCAGAAUUUGAAAUGUUUGUAAACGAAUUAAAACUGACAUACUGAGAAUUUUCCAUGCUAGAAUUUCUUAAACAUCUAUAGCCAGAAUUUUAAAGCUUGGCAGCUCUUAUACUUACAAACGCUAAUAGUCGGAAUUUGAAAUAUAAGCAACCCAGCUGAAACCUUUACUAUUACAAGAAUAUUUUGAAAUAUUAUUUAUUCAGAAAGAAACUGUAGUUUUCGUUCGGUUGCUGUAAGGUAGCCUCGAAAUUCUGGUGUUUUAUGUUUCUUUCAUUUUUCUGUUUCAUAUUUAUUAGACUCAGACAGUAUGGAAGUGAUGGUAUAGAUGUUCAUUUAUUCGUUUUUUUUAUUCAUCUGUUUAUUUCGCUGGUAUGUAUUUUUUAUGUAUAGAGAGAUUUCCUUUUAAUUAUUUUUUUUACGUAUUUUACUGCCAUUUUUAGGCAACUCAUUCAACAGUUUUUUUUAUGCUAGGACAAAUAAAAAA